GGAAGGCGGCACCUUCACUGAGCACAAAGGAGACAGGGACCCAGGGAGUGGGGAGCAGACGGACCAUGAGCCGAGGGAGGUUUGGACGGAUCAAGAACACCUGGAGGGCGCUGGAGGAAGCUGGCUUCGAGAUCCAGGCCAAGCCUAUAUACGGUGGAUGGCUUUUACUAGCUCCAGAGGGCACGGAUUUCGACAACCCUGUGCAUCGCUCCCGGAAAUGGCAACGUCGCUUCUUCAUCCUUUACGAACAUGGUCUUCUCCGCUACGCCUUGGACGAGAUGCCCACCACUUUGCCUCAAGGAACCAUCAACAUGAACCAGUGUACGGAUGUUGUGGAUGGAGAGAAUCGAACCGGGCAGAAGUUCUCGCUGUGCAUCCUGACACCUGAGAAGGAGCACUUCAUCCGAGCCGAGAACAAGGAAAUCAUAAGUGGGUGGUUGGAGAUGCUGGUGGUCUACCCAAGGACAAACAAGCAGAAUCAAAAGAAGAAAAGGAAAGUGGAGCCCCCAACGCCACAGGAGCCUGGUCCAGCAAAGAUGGCCGUGACCAGCAGCAGCAUCCCGGGGGCUGAGAAGAUCCCAACCACCAAGUCCACCCUUUGGCAAGAAGAACUGAGAAGCAAAGACCAGUUGGAUGGGAAUGUGGGCCUCGGCUCGGCCCCUGGCCCUCUGCCAGGGCAGGCACCCCCAGCCUGUUCCCUGAAGGACUCGCUCCUGGAGAGCAAAGAAGAUGAGGCUGCCAUGAACGGUGACCGCAACGACUGCGGGAGGAAGACGCGGGUAGAAAGUGGCUACUUUUCCUUGGAGAAGACCAAGCAGGAGGUCAAAGCAGAGGAACACCAGAUGCUGAACCUGCCGUCUCCACCGAGCCCCUGCACGCCCAACCACAGGUACAGUGACCUCAAAUCUCAGCAGCCGAGCGAUUCCUUCCCUUCUUCAGGUACCUGGCCAGCCGGCCGAAUGGUGCACAGCUUCUCUCUCAAUUCCCUGGACGUCCGAGGCCUCCGGCUCUGCAAGCACAAGGACUCCGGCGGCCGCAACGGGGCGAGGACGGAGGAGAGGCGCAACGGCCCCAUGGCCUUUAAAGUCAGCCGCAAAUACUCCACCCUGGCCGAUGUGCCCAAGGCGAUCCGCAUCAGUAACCGCGAUGCUUUUCAAGUCGAGCGGAAGCGGCUGGAGCGGAGCUCCCGGGCGAGGAGUCCUGGGCGAGAAGAGGUAGCUCGGCUGUUUGGGAAUGAGAGGAGGAGGUCCCAAGUAAUUGAAAAAUUUGAAGCAUUGGACAUUGAGAAUCCAGAACACAUGGAAAUCAAUGCUUCCUCCGGUCUCUCCAGCGAAACUCGGCAGGGCAGGAGCGAAAAAAGGGUUUUCCCUAGGAAACAGGAUUUGCUUGCUGAAACAGCAAGCGGGACCAUCGUGGAUGUGUCAACUUCUACUAUGUCUCCACAUCGGAGAGCGAAAUCGCUGGACCGAAGGUCUACAGAAUCCUCCAUGACUCCGGAUUUGCUGAACUUCAAAAAGGGAUGGCUGACAAAACAGGAUGAAGAUGGGCAGUGGAAGAAGCACUGGUUUGUGCUGACAGAUCAGAGCCUGAGAUACUACCGGGAUUCAGUGGCAGAGGAGGCAGCCGAUUUGGAUGGGGAAAUUGACUUGUCAACGUGUUUUGAUGUCACGGAAUACUCCGUCCAGCGAAACUAUGGUUUCCAGAUUCAUACUAAAGAAGGCAAAUUUAUUCUUUCUGCUAUGACAUCUGGAAUCCGCCGGAACUGGAUCCAAACAAUUAUGAAACAUGUUCGUCCCACAGUCGCUCCAGAUGUGACCAGCUCCCUGCCCGAGGAGAAGAGCAAAAAUGGCACCUCCUUUGAGACUUGUCCCAAGCCAAGCGAGAAGCAGGAGAUGGAGCAGGCCGAGAUUGACCCCGAAUACAAGCGCAGUCGAGCCAGGGAACGCCGAAGAGAAGGUCGCUCCAAAACCUUUGACUGGGCUGAAUUCCGCCCCAUCCAGCAAGUCCUGGCUCAGGAGAGAGCCAACUUGGCAGAGACUCUGAAGGACACCUCCGCUCCAUUCCCCAAGGAACCCGGCCCCUCGGAAACGGAUCCCGGGGAACUGGAGCGAGAACGUGCCCGCCGAAGAGAGGAAAGAAGGAAGCGCUUUGAACAUCUGGAUGCUACUGAUGGAGGAAGCCCAGAAGACUUCUCCAGGAUGGAGGUGGAUAGGCUUUCGGGCUUGCCUGCCGCUAUGGAGGCCAAGUCUCAAAGUGUCCAUGUGGAGAUUGAGCAGAGGUGGCAUCAGGUGGAGACCACUCCUCUGCGGGAGGAGAAACAGAUCCCCAUUGCCCCGCUUCAUCUUCCUCAGCCGGAGGAGAAUGGCGAGAUACUCCAUAAGCAGCAUCUGACUGUGCUGCUGGAAAAGGAGCUGGAACAGAGUCAAAAGGCAGCUUCGGAGCUCUUGGAACAGAACCGUGUCCUACAAGACCAGCUCAAAGUAGCUUUGGGACGUGAACAAAGUGCUCGAGAAGGUUACGUCCUGCAGACUGAAGUGGCCUCCUCCUCUUCCUCCUCCUCCUCCUCCUCUUCCUCAGGGGCCUGGGAGAGGCUCCAUAAAGUCAACAAAGAUCUCCAGGGCGAAUUGGAAGCCCAAUGCCAGCGCCAGGAGAUGAUCAAUCAGCAGAUCCAGUCGCUCAAACGUAGCUAUGGGGAGGCUAAGGACGUCAUCCGACAUCAUGAAGCGGAGAUCCAGAGCUUGCAAGCCAGGCUCAGCAAUGCAGCUGCCGACCUCUCCAUCAAGGAGCAGACCUUGGCCAAGCUGAAGAGCGACCUGAAGGCUGAGAAGAAGAAGACCGAGGAGCAGAUGGAGGAAUGGCAACACAGUGAAACGACCCUGAAUUCCCAGCUGAAGGCCAGCGAGCAGAAACUGAAGAAGGCAGAAGCGCUCCUGCUGGAGAAGACUCAAGAGCUGAGAGAUUUAGAGAUGCAACAGGCUUUGCAGAGAGACUACCAGAAAGAAGUCCAACGUCUCCAGGAUCGCAUCGCCGACCUGAGCCUGCAGCUGAGUGCCGGAGAACAAUCCCGAAUGCUGAUGGAGAAGAAGCUCCAGAAGAAUUACGAGUCUUUGCUAGAAAGCUGUGAGAGGGAGAAGCAGAUCUUGAUCCAGAGCCUCAAAGAAGCGGAGGAUAAAGCCAGCGAAUGCGAGAACCAGCUUCAGAACAAUGAGCAACAGAAGGAGAUCCUUCUGAAGGAGAAGCUGAGUGCCAAGUUUGAAAGCAGCGAACUGGUCCAUCAACUGGAGGAUCAUCUAGAAAUGAAAGAAGCCAGCAUCCGGAAGCUGGUGGAACAUAUCAAGAGUCUUGAGGAGGAAAGGGAUCAAAUUAAAUGCCGAUUCCAGGAGUUGAUGAACCAAGUUGCAGAAUCCGAUAAUGAGGUGGCUAAGUUGCAAGCCAAGCUGCAGCUGGAGGAGAGCAGCUACCACACUCUGGAGCACUCCCACGAGGUGGUGUCAGAGCAGUUCCAUAACUUGCAGCGGAUUUUGAAAGAGAAAGAGGAGGAGUUGAGACAAGUAAGAGAAACCCAUUUGAGCUUUGUGGAGAAAAAGGAGAAGGACUUCCGUGAACCUCUGACUGCUGUGGGUAGCAAUCAAGAAGAAAAAGAAGACUACCCAGCCAAAGAAGAGGAUUUGAAGACAUCAGCUGAAGGAAGUUCUGUGCUGAACGUUGCAACAAACGCAACUGGUAUGGGCAAGGUUGAAGAUCCAGCACAAUAUUCCCCAAAGCAAGGGAGACUCCCAGAUCUGGGAUGCAUGCUGAUUGAGGAUAGUCAUGAAGGGCCCAGUAGCAUCCAGAGCCAAAUCUGUGGACCUACUGUGGUGAGCAUCGAAGAAUGUUCUUCUCCAUCGAAGUCAGUAGAUCUUCCAGAAAUAGAGAUGGGUCAGAAAGAUUCAACGAAACUUGAUGCGGAAAUACCAGGAGCCAAAAGACAACGGAUACGUUUCUCCAACAUCCAGUGCCAAAAAUAUAUCCAUCCUGAUGGAUCAGAGAAGAUGUGGGUCAGCAGCACUUCCUCCGACACAAGCCAGGAACGGUCCCUUUCGGAAGAAAGCAUGACUUCUGAACCAGCUUUUUGUUACCCAGCCUCGGGGGAUUCUGAGACCUACUUAUCUAUCAUUCACUCCCUAGAAACCAAACUUUACAUCACCGAAGAAAAGCUCAAAGAUGUAACCCUGAAACUUGAAAGUCAACAGGGCCAAAAUCAAGACGCCCUCAUGGUCCUUCACCACCAGUGGUCUGGCAUCGAAGCUCAGCUUAGAGAACAGCUUCAAGACAGCUUGACUCAAAUUAGAGAGUUGGUGUCACAGGUAGAGAGCGAGAAGGAAGAAAAACUCAAGCUGAAUGAGAACCACAUCCAUGAGCUGGGCAAGCUCCAUGAAAAGACUAGCCGAGCAUUAACGUGUCUAAAUCAGCGCAGAGAAGAACUAAAACAUGUGGGCACCUCUGAUAAAGGAAAAGAGGGAGAGAUGUUCUUGGAUGCUCUGUCCAGCAUUGAAAGUACUUUAAUGGAUGCAAUCCAGAUGUUGCAAAAGGCACUUCCUCCAGCUGAACACCAACCAGAAGAACAUCUGGCAGUCCAAGCUUUGCAGACUAAAGACAUCUGCUGGGAUGAGAACAACGCUUCUUCUCCCCAAGGGAAGCAACAGCUGGAAUUUUCUGUAGAAGAACAGCUGAAGUUGCUUUCCAGGAGGGUGGCUUUUGAAGCUUGUUUAAUCAACCAGAUAGCAGAGUCUCUGACAGAUGCCUCUUCAAAGAUCUCAGUAGCUCUUGGAGAGAUUCAUGCCACUCUGGAGACAGUCUUAUUGGAGCCUUCAAAUAUUUCCCAUACUGCUGUGGCUUUGGCUGACAUCUUGUCUAAGAAGCUGUUGUUGGAAGAUGAGUUCUGGAGACAGGUAGAAGAAUUGAGAAAGCACUUGAGGGUCAAAGAAGAAGGGGAGGAAGGGAAGAUGGAGACCUUGGACUUUCCUCCGUAUCUCAUCCAGUCGGUUACUGACAGUACGCUGGUUAAAGCCGAACUGGGUUUCGUGGCUCAGAAAAUGAGAGAAUCCUUCCAUCAGAGAUUAAAAGCCAUGGAAGAAGACCUCCACAAUGCCAAAACAGCCCUCCAGCAGCAUAAGUGCAUGUUGGAAGAAAUCAUUAAAGCCUACAAAUCUCCCGAAUUUGAUGGCAUCAUGCACCAGAUCUCUAAAGCUCUUGAGAUCCAAGAAGGCAUUUCAGAAGCCUCCCGAACGACCUGGCACGUCAGCCUUCAGGACCGCAUUUUGGAAGCUCACAGCAUACAGGAUCUCAGCAGUCAAGCUCUGGCAGCUGUCCAGGAUGAUCUGGCUCAGCAGCUCAAAGACAAAGCCAACGUCCUGAAAGAGAUUGCGGCUGCCCUUCUGUCCACGUCCCCUGACAGCGCCUUAAAAGAUUGUCAGAAGCUCCUCAAAAUCUCACGCAGUCCUGCUUACGAGAUGUGCAUGGGGGAUCUUGAACGCUACUCUUCUCUGCUCGUUCAGGAUGCGAUUAUUCAGGCCCAGGUGUGUUACGGGGCCUACAGAGCAAGGCUGGAGUACACAAAGGAAACGAAGGUGUACAAAGAGUCUCUGCAAAACAUGGACGCCUUGUGCCAGGAGCGCAUACAGGCAGUCACGGUCCUCAGGGAAGAGUAUGAAGUAUUGCUGCAGAAACAGCAGAACGAGUUUGCUGAUAUGAUUGCCAUGCUCAAAAGAGAGAACGAAGACCUCAGAGCCAAGGUGGAGCAGUUGGACAAUCAGCGGAGGCUCCUGGAAGAGGAGGAACAUAAGCAGAGCCAAAAAAUAGCAGAACUUCAGAGCCAAUAUGACAAGGAGAUGCAGAAGGUGGUUGAGCAGCUGCAUAGGACUGAGGACACCUUGCAGGUGGAACGAACUGAGGGGAGCCACCAGCUGGAGGCCCUCGUGCAAGAUAAGGAGAACCUGGAGAGAUACCAUCUUGAGCAGAUGCAAAGCUUAGAAGAAAAGUUCCAGGUCAAGAUGAAAGAAAUCCAGGUCCUCCACGAUGAGGAACUGCAGAUCUUGCAGGAACGCUACAACCAGAAUCUCAAGAGCUUGGAAGAAUCGCUGGAGAAGUAUCAGAAGAAGCCUCCUGAAGCCACGGCCAGGAUCAUCUCCAGCGCAGAAGCCCCGGGAGAAGACCAACACGACAACAGGAUCCAGGUCUUGGGAAAUGAUCCCAAUGCCCUCCACGGAUUGAGAGAGCGGAUUCAAGAACUGGAAUCCCAGAUGAACGUCAUGAGAGAUGAGCUGGAGAACAAGCAGCUGGAAGGGAACGAGCCCACCUUGAGGGAGAAAUACCAGAAGGACUUUGAGAACCUUAAGGCAACGUGUGAACGGGGGUUUGCAGCCAUGGAAGAGACCCACCAUAAGAAGAUCGAGGACUUGCAGAGGCAGCAUCACCGAGAACUGGAGAAGCUGAGAGAGGAGAAAGACCGUUUGCUGGCUGAGGAAACGGCCGCCACGAUCUCCGCCAUCGAAGCCAUGAAGAACGCUCACCGGGAAGAACUUGAACGGGAGUUGGAAAAAACCCACCGCUCCCAAAUUAGCAGCAUCAAUUCAGACAUUGAAGCCUUACAGAGACAAUACUUGGAGGAGUUGCAAUCUGUCCAGCGGGAACUGGAAGUCCUUUCCGAACAAUAUUCGCAGAAGUGCUUGGAAAACGCUCACCUGGCCCAGGCUUUGGAGGCGGAGAGGCAGGCCCUCCGGCAAUGCCAGAGGGAGAACCAGGAACUCAACGCGCACAAUCAGGAGCUAAACAACCGUCUGGCUGCAGAGAUCACUCGACUACGGACAUUGCUAACUGGGGAGGGUGGCAUGGAAAUGGCCGCCUCUCCUCUCACCCAAGGCAAGGAUGCCUAUGAGUUAGAGGUCCUGUUGAGAGUUAAGGAAUCAGAAAUCCAGUACUUGAAGCAAGAGAUCAGCUCUUUGAAAGAUGAAUUGCAAACAGCACUGAGGGAUAAAAAAUAUGCCAGUGAUAAAUACAAGGACAUCUACACGGAGCUCAGCAUCGUCAAAGCCAAGGCAGACUGCGACAUCAGCAGAUUGAAAGAGCAGCUGAAGGCAGCCACCGAAGCCCUGGGAGAAAAAUCUCCCGAGAGCAGCACCGUGUCCGGAUACGAUAUUAUGAAAUCUAAAAGCAAUCCUGAUUUCUUGAAGAAGGACAGGACCAGCAUUGGCCGGCAACUAAGGAAUAUCAGGUCAAAGAGUCUGAAGGAAGGCCUGACGGUGCAGGAGCGCCUGAAGCUUUUUGAAUCCAAGGAGUUGAAGAAAGACUAAUGUUCUCCUUCGUUUCCGGCUUGGCCACGUGCACCGCCUUUCUUGACGCAUCACGACAUGAGCAUCCUUCUUCUCCCCCCACUCCCAUCUUUUCUUAUGACUUCGCUUCGCUUGGCCAGGAGCGGGGAUUUUUUCUAGAGCCGCUCCACAGAUGAACAGACCGAGCAAUUCCAGACAUUUUUUUCUGUCUACCACCAAAGGGAUGAAAUCAUGGUUUCUCAGUCUUAGCCAGUUUAAGAUACAUGGACUUCUGCUCCCAGAAUUCCCCAGCCAGCAUGGGGAAUUCUGGGAGUAGAAGUCCAAGCAUCUUAAACUCGAUGAGGUUGAGAAAUACCAGAUUAAACAAGUUCCUUGACAUGUCCUGAAUGGAAAAGUCCUUACUUUGGGCAAGAAUGCAGGGAGAGAUUGAUGUUUCUCCUCCCUUCGAUAUAUUUAUCUCCUUCCUAGUGUAUAUCCACUACAUUUGAGUGUCAGUAUUAAGGCUCAACAGCCUAUUAUAAGCUAGCCCUGUUUUACUGAUGUGUUGGUAUCACAACAGGGCCCUGGGAAAGGGGGAGGGAGGACACACCUCCAGCUUAGCUCCACCAGUGUUGAAGAGUAACACAGCACUUAGGCGCAUAUAUUGAGCCACUCUGGAACAAACUCAGCUUGGCCAAGCAAGCUCCCCAAUGCUCCCCUGGAUGGUUGGGAGACACAACAAGGGGGAAAGAAAAGACUCUGAGCUGUCCUUGAUCUAUUGUGUGGUUUGCAGAGAUUCAGUCCUUUUGUGUAGCUUAGCAAUCUUCUGAAUUUAUUUUACUAAGCCAGUUUAGAGCCAUGGUUAAGGGGUGGCAGAUUCCACCUUAGCCAGGAUCUUGGAAAAACAUUGCCCUUAAAACCGCUAGCAACCGUUCUCCUCUUCCAGUUGGGUUCACCUUUUCUCCUAAUUUCAGUGUGUUUGGGGCAUCCAUCCGAGAGAUUUCAGGACAUUUCUCUCGUCUGAUGAGGGCCAAGAAACCAGGUUUUAUCCUAAAGUGCACAUCCUCGUUUCUUAAAGGUGACUUUUAAAGAAAAGAAAAAUGGAUUAUAUCUGUCUUUGAGAAUCUAUUUGGGCCCGAUUUCAUCAUGCAACAGUGAUACCAAACUGUAAAUAAAAGAAGAAAGGGCUUGCGAGAGAGGGGAGCUUCCCACGCAGCAAAGGGAUUGGGAAGUUUGAUUUAACAGACCUAACAACAGUAGCAAAGGUGUCAUCUGUAAAUUUCGGCACUGCCUGUGUGAGGGAUAUUCCAUUGCAAAGGAACACAACCCUGAAAACGGAUUGGGAGCUAAGCCCAGUUAAAAGUGGCCUUCAAAAAAAGACCAGAUUAACCACGAUCUCAAAGCACCUUUAGUGCUUUUAUCCACUUGAAAUGAAGCAGGUCUAAACGACUUUCUUGGGCCCACCCCACCCCAAAAAUGUGAUAUAUUUCUUGAUGCACUGGGAUCCCGAAAGUACACAGCUUUCCCAAGAGAGGCCCUGGGGUAGAUUAAAAUGUCUUUGCCAACCCCAACGAACAGAACCCUUUGGAAGUGGGUGCUUAAAAUUUCAAGAUUAACCAAUCACCAGCAUUAUGAACAAGCUUCAUUUCUGUCUUCCCAACAUUGCAGAUAAUUCGGGUGCUCCCGCCCAAUUCUACAAAUUUGAGGUCCCUCAAGAUUGGAGUUUUUGCUUUUACUGGGUUGAGUUUCUGCUGCAACCAUCUUUAACUUUGGGACAAGCCCAACUGUGUGAAGUCUUGCUAAUCUCAGCCAGGGUCGGUCCAUUUUCUCUGCAUGCAGCUUUUAGAACCUUUGGACACCUAGCAGUGAAAUACGUUGUUCCAAAACAAAAACACCUUAUGGGAUCACCUGUCUCUAGAGGUAGACCUGAAGCAAAAGGAUACCUUAGUAUGCACUACCUUAAAGGCAGCUGGACAGAGGAGAAUGUAUGGAUUUCUGGUGCCACAACAGUAGUAGUCUGCAAAACGUAGCUGCCCUGAAUGGCCAGGACGAAGGAGACCUUCCUAUCGUUACUUUAGAGGUUAGGCUUUUCUUCUUCAAGACCUCUCCUAAAUCUGAGCAGUUUUCCCUAUCCGACUGCAAAUUGUUGGUUGAGGGCCUAGAAGUGUGUCGGUAUGGCAGCCCCAAAGCAAUUGCUAGGAUUGGUGUGUGAACGUUGGCAUAGGGAGGGCAUCUCGGGCGGCUGAAGGAGAAGGCGGUGGUGGCAUCUGCCUCCGCAAUGGUCUUGCAGGCCUCAAGUUGUCCUCUCUCCUUCACACAGAUGUCCGGAGAACAGGGUUUCUCAACCUUGGCGAUUUGAAAAUAUCUGGAGUUCAACUCUGAGAAUUCUAUGCUGAAGGCUGGCUGGGGGGGUUCUGGGAGUUGGAAUCCAGACAUCUUCAAAGUUACCAAGUGAGAAACAUCAGGGUAGAAGAAUUUAAUUUGCGCGAUCUUCCUGCAAAUUGAUAGCUGUCUGUCGGCAGACAAACCAAGGGUCUCUGGGG